AUUAUUAAUUUGUUAAAAUUCAAAUUCGAUUCUUAGAAAAAGGUAAUAGCUGCUGCAUUAUUAUUCCGAGGCAAUGAGGUUGAGAUUUUGAAAAAACCGAGAGCUUUUGGGACGAGUCGUCCAAAUGGAAACCAAACUGAGAUGACCGUAAUGCCCUCUUGCAUCACAGAAAUGGCGGGAGAGCCAUCCUCUAUAAAAGCUGAUCCAUCCGAUUCCAGUCGACGCCUUCGAUCGAUUAGGGCGCGGGAGCCCAUCGAAUCGGCCAUGCAUCUCCACGGGUGGGAAUCGCUCAAACGCCUCAUCGGGAAGCGGCGGAGAACCAUCUCCCUUGAUCUCUCUCGCCUCCUUUCUCCGUCGAACUCUCAGAGCAACUCGACGCAUGACGGUAUUCACCACGGAGAGACGCAAGCCUCCACGUCGUCGGAUGAGAAAGACUGGGCACCGAAAUCAGAACUACAUGGAGCAUUUGACAAGGAGUGGGUUUCUUGUCCGGUCUGUGGUAGAUUGAUUCGUGGAAUUGAUUACAAUGUGAACUCCCAUCUAGAUGCCUGCCUAACAAGAGGAACAAAGAGGAAACUAACACAAAGCAAUCUUCUUCAGUUUCAGUUCUCAAAAAGAAAUAGAACAGAACCAAUUCUGGAUGAUAUAUACAGUGAGGAAGCAGAUAAUGCAUGUACAGAAUAUAAUCAUGAAAACGAAUGUGGUAAUGCUUUUGCAUUGCCAAAAGAUCUCUCUGGAAUUAGACAUGGGAACAUAUGUGAAUCAGAUCCCUCUGACAAUUUUCCAAGCCAUCUAGGAAACUUUACAAAGACUCUUCCUCCAGAGAACACUUUCCUUGGUGAUUCCAUUAAUCAGGUGGUGGAUUCAUGUGAUCCCUAUAUAUGUCCUCAUUUAAAUAAGGAUGAGUUGGAUGAAACUAAAGAUGCUAACUGUGUGAUGACGUUCGUAAGUUAUAUUGUGGGCCGGAGAUUCCAUGCAAGUGUUGAAUUGCAACAAGGUGCAAGAAUUUUGUUGGCUAGAAACUCCAAAAAUGUUAAGGACAGGAACGCUAUCAUGGUACUCGGUGCAGAUUCUGAUUGUAGGGUGAUGCUUGGAUAUCUGCCUCGGGAGCUAUCAAAGUAUUUGUCUCCAUUAAUUGAUAACCAUUACAUAGAAUGUGAGGCAAGGCUUAUAUGAUCAGAAGUUUUUUCUGUCUUUCUCCUGAAAGCAAAUGCAUUGUACAUGGCUUUGUAGUAAAGAGUGACAGCAACCAUGCUCCAUUGUCAUUCAUAGCCUUGUUAAAACAAUAUAAAUUUGAUUUAACUGUAUUAUACCUUGUAAAGGUUAACUUGAUUAAUGAUAUAUUCCACGUAUCAAAUCUCUUAUAUGUUUCUCUCACUAGUGGGGAGUGGGGAUGAAGUAUUUGCAUUCUCUAGUUCUCAGUUUAUUGUAGCUAGAACAUGUUUCUUUCACUUCAUCACCUAGAUCUGUCUUUGGUUCUUGUGCAACUUCAUUUCUUUCUAUGCCUCUUUAUAUUCUUCUUCUGAUGCCAUCUUAUGCAUUCUAAAGCAUGGUGAAGUAUUUUUGGUAUGACAUUAUUAAUGCCUAGGUAGAUGUUUCUCCAGGACAGGUCGUAUGAAUCU